AGAAGAAGAGCCGCACUCUUCCGCAGGAAGUUCUUGUUGUAGUCGUGUAGCAUCGCUAGCAUUCUCUGACAAGCUUCUUAUUUAGCUUCAUCAAUAAGUUAACAGCAUAUGGUCGCUGAGAAUAAUAUUUAAGUUUUGUUUGAACUGUUUCUCUCUGAGAGAGAAGGCAGUGAGAUAUUCAGGAUGGAUAAAGCUCUGCUGAGAGAGCGAGAGCUCUUUAAAAAAAGAGCUCUGUCCACUCCUGUCGUAGAGAAGAGACCAGCAGCCUCUGAGGCCUCUGGAUCCUCCAAGAAGAAAAAGAGCAAACCAGAUAAAGAGACAUCAUCAUCCUCCAAAAACAACGCAGAUCCCAGCAAUGGUUCCUUCAAUCUCAAAGCACUUUCUGGGAGUUCAGGAUACAAAUUUGGAGUUUUGGCCCGAAUUGUCAACUACAUGAAGACAAGGCACCAGAGAGGUGACACUCAUCAUUUGACUCUGGAUGAAAUUCUGGAUGAGACUAAGCUGCUGGACAUUGGCAUGAAGCAGAAGCAGUGGCUUAUGAGCGAGGCAUUAGCAAGUAAUCCUAAGAUUGAUGUGCGGGAAGGAAAAUAUGCCUUUAAACCCAAGUAUCAUCUGAAGGAUAAGAAAGCUCUGCUAAGACUACUGGACAAACACGAUCAGCUGGGUCUAGGAGGAGUGUUACUAGACGACGUUGAAGAGGGUCUACCCAACUCAGCCAAAGCUAUUAAAGCACUUGGGGAUCAGAUUAUAUUUGUGACCAGGCCAGAUAAGAAGAAGGUUCUUUUCUACAAUGACAAACACUGUCAGUUUGUUGUUGAUGAAGAGUUCCAAAAGCUGUGGCGCAGCGUUCCUGUUGAUUCCAUAGAUGAGGAAAAGAUCGAAGAGUACCUGAAGAAACAGGGCAUAUCAUCCAUGCAGGAGACAGGACCAAAGAAAAUAGCACCCAUUCAAAAGAGGAAGAAACCUGGAAGCCAGAAAAAGAGACGGUUUAAGACUCAUAAUGAUCAUCUGAACGGAGUACUGGAGGACUACUCUGAGGGAGUUCCCUCCAAGAAGUGACACACAUGCAGCUUUAAAGGCUCAAAGUGACAAGACUGAUAUCUGUGUGAUGUUUGUAUAUCUGAUCUAGCGUAUUAUUGCCAAAACCGUAAAGACAUGCAGACACACACAUACACACACCUUAGAACUGUACUGAGUGACACGAAUGUGAACGGAUUGUAAAUAUUUUCUUUCUACUGUUACGUUUUACUUUUUGCUAGUGCUUUAAAAAUGGACAUUUAAGCUCUUCUUUUUUAGAUUUAAAGAUUAAACAAGAGCAGUCAAACCACAUCCAAGUUAUUUAUGUGUUAUUAUUUAUAUAUGUAUAUACAUUUCCUUGCUAAAUUUUCACGUUUUAUAUCGCAUCAUUGUUAAAGGGGUCAUCGGCUGCAAAGUUCACUUUUACAUGUUGUUUGAACAUUAAUGUGUAUGUACACAUCUACCCUAUAAUGAUAAAAAUCCAUGCAGUGGUUUUUAAUUAAUCUGUAAAAAUAACAUCCCCUUUUUCAAAUCGAGCCAUUCUCAAAAGCUCUGGUGUGGCGUCACACCAACAGAGGCCACUCCCACGAUAGUUGAUUGACAUGAGCGUCUUACCUCAGACCCGCCCUAAAUCAGCUGUAACAGUCCGACCGCCAUCGAUGCCGGAGCAGGGAUGCAAGUUAGACAAGAAUAUCUCCGACUGAGUGAUUGAGGUGUUGUGUUGCGUUGCUGGAUGUAAUAAUGAACAUAGUGGUCGUCAUUUACUCCCGACAUCUGUGCCACUGAAGAUGCAGUGAAUUACGUUUGUUUGUGAAUGGAAUGUGCCUCCCAAUCUACACAAAUGCAUCUAUGUUUGCGCAAAUCAUUCGUGAUCCAGCUUCACUUACAGCAGAAGUGAGUAUAAGGUUUUGUUUUUUUUUUUUUUUUUAUGAAUCCAAUCACCUUUCCUAAUAACAUGCUAGUUGGCAAGUUUUGCGGCUAAAGUAAACAAUCGCUUAGAGCACAGCUGGUCACUCCACAGAGAGAAGAGAGGGGGCGGGGCGAGCAGAGCUCGUUUGCAUUUAAAGGAACAAUCCCUCAGAAUGGGUUGAUUUUUGACAAGGUAAAAUAAGGGUGUUGAUUUACACUACCAUUGAGAAUUUUUAACCAAAGUAUAUCAUAGACUUUUCAUUAAUACCCUAAAGAAUCAUAUCAACUUGUGGAAAAUGGGCAUCUGAUGACCCCUUUAAACUGCUUUAAAUUAUUUCACCACCCCCACGUCAAUCUACACUCCAUACAACAUAAUGACAAAGCACAAAACAGAUUUGUGACAACUUUGCAACUUUAUUAAAAAUAAAUAAAGUAACUUAGAUGAAGCAUCUUUACAGCCUCAAGUAUUUUAGGGUAUGAUGUGACAAGUUUCACACAUCUGCAUUUGGCAAUUAUCUGCCAUUCUUCACCUCACUUCUUCACCACUCAAGCUCUGUAAGCUUGUAUGGGGGCUGGCAGACAUUUUUAGAUUUCUCCAGAAAUAUUUGAUUGCAUUUAAGCCAUGGCUCUGGCUGGGCCACUCAAGGACAUUCACAGAGUUGUCUAUAAGCCCCUCUUGCUGUGUGCUUACUAGGGUCAUUGUCCUGUUGAAAGGUGAACCUUCUGCCCAGUCUGAGAUUCUGAAAGCUCUGGACUAGGUUUUCAUUAAAGCUAUCUCCAUAUUUUGCUGUGUUGAGCUUUAUACUUGCACAAUGGAAUAAUUUCAGUUUUUUAUUCUAAUAAAUUUGCAAAGGUGUUACAAACCUGUUUUUCACUUUAACAUAAGGCUGCAACAUAACAAAAGGUGCAAAAAUUAUGAUUAUGGAUUAUGCUGUUGUUGUUUUUUUUUAUUUUAUUUUAACUUUAGUUUCAUUUCAGAAUCAGCAGCACAACUGUGCAAUAACAAUAAAAAUGUUUCUUGAAUAAGAGUCCAAACAGCUAAUAAAAGCAUGAACAAUUAA